GUUAGGGACAGUCAGAGACUUUUAAUUCAGGGAAUUAAGGGAAACCAGGCGCUGAAUAAACUAAUUAAAAAUCUUUAAUUGUCAAGAAAUGAAGUGGAUUUAUGUCGCAUUGGCCGAUGCAUAAAGUGACUUGUUGAGGACAGCCGGAAAUAGUAUUUCGUGUCCAGCUCUCGCGAGAUUACGCCAUGAGCAGGUCCAGUCUGUUCGCGUGUGAGGACCCGGACCGGUGGAGGAGGGUCUACGACCAAUACUGGGACGUGGUGGAGGCCAAGUCCGCAGUGAAAGGCAAAAAGUCUGGAAAACUUCAACCCCUUGAAAAGUGGUAUCAGGAGCAGCUGCCCGCACUCAUCUCCAGCCGGUCUGAGAGAUACGUGACCCAUCCAGAGCUGGUGAAGCUCAUGGAAUGGAAGCUGACUAGGGGGUCCUUCCGGCCGCGGCUGCAGCAGCUGCUGGCGUCCAACGCGGCGGCGGCGGUGGAGCUCUGCUCCCGGACGGCCUUCUCCCUCCUCCCCGACGUCCGCGCCGCCAUCGCAGAGCUCAGUGCCCUGAAGGCCGUCGGCCCGGCAACCGCCUCCGCGGUGCUGGCGGCCGGGUGCCCGGAGCACGCCGCCUUCAUGUCCGACGAGGGGGUGGGGAGCGUGCCCGGACUCACCCCCAUCCAGUACACCGCCCGGCACUACCACCGCUACCUGGACCGCCUGCUGGAGCGCACCGCCCAGCUCAACCAGGCGGACCCCGAGCGGGACUGGACCCCCCAUCGGACGGAGCGCUGCCUGUGGGCGUGGGCAGUGGCCGGGCGGCUGCAGCUCCCCCUGCUGGAGGAACAGGGGGGAGGCGGGGAGAGGCGGAGCCCGGAGGCCGACGAGAGACCAACGAAGAAGAGGAGGACCGACUAAAGGCCCCUUCAUCAUCCUGGGUUUAUCCAUACGGGUUUAUGUUUCACCUUUGACCUUUGAAUGCCAGAGAUCUCAUUUCAUUUGACUUAAUAAAUUGUGAAUUGUUUAUAUUGAAGAAAAA